AUGCCCAAUCGCAAGCGUCAGCGCAACUACGAGUUGAUCGAACCGUUGGUGGAGCGCUUGCUGACGUGUCACGGCGAGGAACUGGCAGAGAAGGACAACGCCUUGCGACUUAAUCACCUGGUGCACUUCACGGACGAUCCCAACUUGGCGGAGACACUGGCGAAUCAUGGCAAGGUCAAGCAGCUCACAGAGCUAUGUUGGAGGACGGUUGGGGCGGAGAUGCUGACAGCACAUCAUGAAGCCAUCAGCUUGUUGGUGAACCUCUUGGUGCCCCAGGGCACACGCAGCAGCAUUUUCCAUGGCUUCGUUCUGAUGGUGCAGCAAGAGGAAAGCUGUCGAACUUUGCUGAGCCAUGAAGAUAUGCCUGUGGUGGCGCAUCAUUUGGUGAAGGCCAUUGGUAAAUGUGGGAAUGUUGAGGAACGAGAUGUACUCCAAGCCUGCAACUUGGUUGCCGCCGCCAUGGAGAAUGAGAAGGAUCGGAUGGAUUUCUGUGAAGCCAUUAUCCAAGCAGAAGGCGUGAGCUUUUUGUACCACUUCUUCGAAAACUGGCCGGACCAAUUUGGCACCGCCGCCCUGAUCCGCACCUUGGAUCGUUUCCUGAGUUCACCAGUUGAUGAAAGGAUGUGGAACGCCCAAGCCGAAUCCAGGCGGGAGUUUGCCAGCGACUGGUUGAAGCUUCUUACCAGGGAGCUCCUGCAGCCCGAUGGUGCUCUGUGCGCGCGAGCUUUGGGAAACACCUUGCAGCUCCGGGAGGGAACCUUCUUCCAAGUCCUGAUGCAGGGGAAGCUGUUUGAUCAUCUCAUCACAAACUUGGUAGUGGGGAGCAAGCAGGGGAAGGAUCGGAUUUGCGCGGCCAUGUUCACCACCCGUCAGCUGCUGGGCAGAUCCGACGUGCUGAAGCGCUUGGCGAGUCAUCCCCGUUUCGAGCCCUUGGUGUCCCUGGCCAUCUCCAACUUGCAACUGGCCACAGAGGAGGAGGAUGAUUUGCUGCAAGUGCUGACCUUCUUCCUACAGAACGACACCACCAAGCGGGCAGUUGUGUCGGGAAGCAAUCCGAUGCAGAUCAUUGAUGCCAUCAGCCACCUGUUGGAUUCACCCUCUCAGCAUGUCCAGGAGUUGAGUUUGGAAUUGCUGACCCAGAUCUUGCACUACAUUGAGCCUGGCGUUCUCUCAGGUGCAAGCGAGGCCAUGACGCGUUUGUUGCCGCGGCUGUGUGGACUGGAUCAAGCCACCGACCUCAUGCGGCGUCUGUUGUCGUCGCUGCAAUGGUGGCCGCAGUAUGUGCAGCUGGUGCCCUUGCACUUCAAGCGUCGAUGGUUGGCGGAUCAGCUUCAUAGUCAAGCCCAACAACCCACCCCCGUGCAUCUUCAAGUGCAGAAGGACGACUUGCUAGGCAGCUUGUGCAACAAGUUGAAAGAUUGUCCUGACAACUUGCGCUGGGGUAUCGAUGUGAGCUUUACUGAUGACGAGGAUGACGAAGAUAUGGAGGAGGAAGAUGUGUCAACGAAAGAUCGGAAGGAGUUCUUCCGCUUGGCGGCCAAUGAGUUCAUGUAUGCCGAUUUGGAGCUGUUCAAAUCCAAAGAUGGCGGCCGUUCCUUCCAUUUAAGCCCAAAUGCCACAGAGAAGGAUCACGUGGAACAGCUUGAGUUGUGUGGCAAACUCAUUGGCCUGGCCCUGCUCCACGGUGAGCCAGUGCCCUCCAUGAAGCUCAGUAAGCCGCUACGGCGGAUGCUGCUGGGUGCGCCCUUGAGACCUUUAGAGGACAUGGCGUCAGUUGACCCAGCAUUUUACGACAGCAAGGUGGCUUACAUUCUGGAGGGUCGCUAUGAGGAGGAGGGCGAAGAAGGAUCAAAGGAAUUGUCUGCUUUGAACCUCACUUUCGUGGAUGACGCUGGGGAGGGCGAGAAGGUGGAACUCUGCUUGGGUGGUGCUGACAGGUACGUGAAUGAAGAGAACAAGAUGCAGUACUUGGACUUGUUGUGCCACCAUCGCCUCAUGGACUCUGUGCGUGACCAAGUGGAAGCUGUGCUCAAUGGCUUGCACACGCUGGUGCCAGCGGAUGUGCAAACGCAGCUGCAGCGUGUUUUCACCGCCACCGAGCUGGGCUUGUGCCUCUGUGGAGAGGGCACCAUUGAUGUGAGUGAGUGGAAGGGCAAAAGUGAGCAGAAGACGUCGCCAGAGAUCUGGGACACUUUCUGGAGGGCAGUUGAGGCCAUGAGCAACGAACAGCGCCAAGGGCUCUUAGAGUUCACCACAGGGGCCUUCACAGUGCAAGGCGACGUGGAGGGCUUGAUCUUGGCACCAACUGAUGGAUUGCUGCCCGAGGUUGUGCCGGGGGCCGAUGGAUCUCCCACUCUGAAGCUGCCCGGCUACGGCUCUGUCGAGCAGAUGCGACAGGCCUUGCUGCGCAGCUGCAGCGGCAGCGAUGCAGAGCUGGCCACGAAUCUGUGGAAGUGA